AUGUCGUCAUGGCCAGCGUGGGUCGGUCGAACCGAACAACUAAUAAGUACGGGUUGCGCGUUUGCAUCCGAGCUGCCCUGCGGCAGUGGUGGCCAACCGAUCACUCCUCUUCUGUGCCCGUUCGCCGCGAUGCACUGCGCAGGCCUGCAGUUAACGAUUGACGCUGCAGAUGCUGAAGUAUCAACGACAGGUGCAUUGUCUGCUGUUGCUAUUGGCGGUAGCGGGCGGCAUUCGAGCAACGUUCCACUGCCACUCCUUUACACUGCUGGCGAGAUCAUGCUUUCGUUCCCAGUAUCCGCCGAAGGGGCGGACCAACCGCAUAUGGGUCAGGAGACGUCCAUAACAUCGUCAACAGUUAUACCGGUAGAGGCAUUAAUGAAAGAUAUUGACUCAAUGCGGAUAUUCACUUCAUCAUCCACCCCCUGCGAAUCAACAACACCACUGCACAUAUAUAAGAGUCAUGUGAUAAUAAAUGUAAUAGUUGUUAUGACAAUAUUACGUGGGGCGUCGUCCCCAAUUGAGGUUCCCGCCUCACCACCCGCGUCGGCUCCGGCAACGCCGCGCACCUCAUCCUCUUCGCCUGUUGUACUCGACGAUGCAGGCGACGUCAGCCUCAUGGAUCAGGACCAGCCUGUGUCCAUAAUAGUGAGAACCGGCGCUAGCGAAUAUGAGCUGCCAUGGGAGCAGCUAGAAUCUCUUUUCAAAUUGUGUGCCAAAUGCGGUGGUCGUGUGGAUGACUCCGCUGAGGACGCACACACGGAAGGCUGCGCCCUUACCCGUCUUGCUGUUACGGACGGUAGCAGUAAUGGAGCCAGCAGCAACAACACCAAUGUGAACCUGAGUAACGGGGGUAAUGGUACGGGGAAGUCUGUAGAGAACAGCAGUCGAGCGCCCAUUACCCUCGAAACGCUCUGUCAGCUGGCCAAGGCGCGCCGAAAGCACAGCAGUGAGAACAGCAGCUCAGACGCCUUCAACUCGGAGAGGUGACUUACACUUAACUCGGUGGAGAUACAAUCGUCAGAUUUAGAAUUCGAAGCAGCAGCAGCACGUACCUCAGCAACAAUGACCCUAACAGCAGCCAUACAGUUCCCAGCAAAAUCAGAGAUAACAACAACAACACCAACAACAAUAGCUAUACCAGAAGUCCAACCGAAUACCGAUGCAGUCGCUUCAAAAAGGAUAAUGACAGAAUUGAGGAAGAUGACGUUGUCAUCAACAAAUGACGAGGUUAUGCAGCGAGGCCCGAUCGUGAUCGAUGGCGUCGAAAUGGAUCGGUUCACACAGCCAUUAGCUGAUGGUAUCGUUAGUUCAGCAGAAUCACAGCCAGUCUCGCCAGAGUUAGUUCGGCCGUACAAGAAACUGCGUCGCUUUUUGCAAACCCAACAGGACAACAAUAGUGACAAUCGCAUGCCCUUGCCUUCUGAUUUCUGCAAUCAGAAGGAGUCGGUGCUGGUUGGUGCCGCAGCACUGCACAACGGUGGCGCUAACAACAACGAAAUUGACAACGAUACGAUCAUUACCAACGGCAACAAAAACAGCGGUGGUAGCAUAACUGCAACAAACUUUAAUAGCGUAAACAGAAAGACCAAUAGGCCGCUUAUACCGGCCUAUUUGCCGAAAAAGUUGCGCGGCCGAGGACGCUCACUAGAUCUCGGCAGAAGCGGUAGCGUUAGUACGAGCCCAUCGGAGAGUCCCGUUGAAAGUCCGCUAACAGACUGGAGUCGUGACGAUGUCACUCAGGAGGUUCCUGGGCCGGGCACUCGCCCCUACUGCAUCUACGACUAAGCAGCGGACACCGCCACGGAGCGGCCAGCAAUAGCUCGAGUAUCAGGAACAAAUUCAUAUUUUACUAAUACUACGGCUGCAUAUUGGAACAACACAGCGACAGAUCGGUCGGCCUGCAGUCGAUGGCCUACGACUACCAGCGACUUAUUUAAUAGCUCUGCGCUAUUCAAUACAACUUCCUAACUCUCUCAUCAUCACUACCACCAUUUAAUGUCUUGUAUAGUAUAUAGUGCUAUAGCAAACGAUGGCGUGUCGCGCUUUUAGUGCCACAUCUCACGUGUGGCCUACGCGGACGAGCGGUUAGUGCUAGUCCAAGCAGAGGGGAUUAUGGGAAAUACACAAUUAUGACUGACCACAAUCAAAUGACCGUAUUUCACAAGUGAAGGAAACAACACGAUCGAUGAAUGAGUACGAAUAGCUGAAAACAAAUCAUAUUCCUAUACAGAAAAUAAGAUACUAUUGUGUAUUAUUUUUGAAUGAACCAUUUUUGUUUUUUGUAUUAUUGGGUUGUGUGACGUCCUCAUCCGUUGGUGGCCACUGAGCCAGGCGCUGUACAUGGGCAAAUUAACCAUUAAAAGAAGGUAGCAACAUCCUGUACGUAGAGACAUUGCAGAAAACAUAACAGAGUAUUGUUUAGACCCAAGUUAGCGGUGAUUAGAUAUGGAAGCUGACGUCCCUCUCGGCGAAAACUGGUACUACAUGAAAACGAUAAACGGUCUAGAACAUGUUCAGCUCGACGCAGUGUGUUCAUUAUUAACUAUUCAUUAUACGAUUCAAUAACGAGCAUCGUCUAAUUUGAGUUUAACAAGCUUGUUUGUUGUUCCGAGUGAGGGUGUCAGCCAUCUUGGCAAGCCUUUGCACUACCGUUGGUGACUAGCACGUUCUCCAAAACUGAGACAAAUGACCAACGGAUUUUCGUACCGUUACGUCGUUCGUUCAAUUCGUUACAUCCUCAAAACGGCAGUGCUUCUGCAAAAUAUUUCUACAAAACAUAGAUAAAAUGUUGAAAGACAAAAAGAUUCAUUUAUUCUGGAAUACCAUACACGAAGAUGCUGUAUCUUAUCUGCCUUUUGGUUCCUAGAGACGAAGAGACACCUUCAUCGCCUGUAUGUGUGAAGACUAGCAGCGAGCAUAUUUAUGAACGCGCCAGGAAGCGCGAUUAUCCAUCGCUCGGAUUGGCUUACACCUGUAGCUCGAAGUAACGGCGCGAAAACUCCGAGGAACGGGCAUGUGCUAAUAGUGCUACUACAGAUAAAAUGAGAUUCGUAUCAUACAGCAAAAAAAAAAACAAAGGAAUAACAUGACUGGUCAUCAACAGCCACACACACACACACACUACGCGCGUAUAUAUAUAUAUAUAUAUAUAUAUAUAUAGAAUAGAAGACGAUGCUAUAGGAAGGGGGACGGAAAAAUCAUCUAUAUACAUAUAAGAUUAUUUUUCUUCGAUCUUUGAACGCAUUAUGGCAAUAGCCAUUUCAAUAGUUAUUAUUGCGAUUCAUAUUAUUCAAAUACUUGUUGUUGUAAU